UUUUUGAACUAUAUGUUGCGUUUUGGUUCAUCUCUCCGGAGAGACGAUAGGAACUGGUAGAUAUAUCAGUGUAGAUGAUCCGAGUUUUCCUCGUAAACCAGUUAUAAUCUGUUACUUGAACUCACCGGAGCUCCUCGGUUACUCGCUUCGGCUUUUUGUAUUGUUUACUGAGUAUACUAGACUGGAAAUCGGAAAUUUGAUUCAGCGUCGCUGUUCCAUUUUCCACUUUGCGCUUGCUAGAGAGGCGGAGAGAUUUUCUGCAGAAAUUUGAAGUGUUUUUCGGCGUAUAAUCAAAUGGCUUCAUCUGCUUUGAUCUCUGAUACUGAGCCUUGGAAAGAUUUGAAGGGCCAUGUUGAGGAAAUAAACAAGACCCAUUUGCGUGAUUUGAUGAAUGAUGUUAACCGCUGCCAGGCAAUGAUGGUUGAGUUUGAUGGGUUGCUGUUGGACUACUCGCGGCAGCGUGCAACCCUUGAAACCAUGGGGAAACUGAUCAAAUUGGCAGAGGCUGCAGGCCUCAAAGAUAAGAUCAACCGAAUGUUUGCCGGAGAGCAUAUAAACAGCACAGAAAAUAGAUCAGUGCUUCAUGUAGCUCUUCGUGCUCCAAGGGAUGCAGUUAUACAGAGUGAUGGGAAAAAUGUGGUCCCAGAUGUUUGGGAAGUUCUGGACAAGAUCCAGAAGUUCUCUGAAACAAUUCGGAGUGGAUCUUGGGUUGGAGCCACUGGAAAAGCACUGAAGGAUGUUGUUGCUGUUGGUAUUGGCGGCAGUUUCUUAGGUCCUCUGUUUGUGCAUACAGCUCUUCAAACAGAUCCAGAGGCUAUUGAAGCAGCAAGAGGACGGCAGCUGCAUUUCCUUGCAAAUGUUGAUCCUAUUGACGUCGCUAGAAAUAUUGCUGGGUUGAACCCAGAAACUACCCUUGUUGUGGUAGUUUCGAAGACCUUUACAACAGCUGAAACUAUGUUGAAUGCUCGGACCCUUAGGGAAUGGAUUUCAUCUUCUCUUGGACCUGCUGCAGUGGCAAAGCAUAUGGUAGCAGUUAGCACUAAUCUUACGCUUGUAGAGAAGUUCGGGAUUGACCCUAAGAAUGCUUUUGCAUUUUGGGACUGGGUUGGUGGUCGUUAUAGCGUUUGCAGUGCUGUCGGAGUGUUGCCCUUGUCUCUUCAGUAUGGGUUUUCAGUUGUUGAGAAAUUCUUAAAGGGAGCUUUUAGCAUGGAUCAACAUUUCCACUCAUCACCAUUGGAGAAAAAUAUACCUGUUCUUUUAGGUCUGUUGAGCGUAUGGAAUGUUUCGUUUCUUGGAUACCCUGCAAGGGCUAUCUUACCUUACUCCCAAGCACUGGAGAAGCUUGCUCCUCACAUUCAACAGGUUAGCAUGGAAAGUAAUGGCAAGGGAGUAUCCAUUGAUGGUGUACUACUUCCGUUUGAGGCUGGUGAAAUUGAUUUUGGUGAACCAGGAACAAAUGGUCAGCACAGCUUUUACCAACUAAUUCACCAGGGUCGCGUUAUUCCUUGUGAUUUCAUUGGUAUUGUGAAGAGUCAGCAACCUGUUUACCUGAAAGGUGAACUGGUGAGUAACCAUGAUGAGCUCAUGUCCAACUUUUUUGCACAGCCAGAUGCCCUUGCAUAUGGGAAGACCCCAGAACAGCUGCAAAAGGAGAACGUUGCACCGCAUCUUAUCCCUCAUAAGACUUUUUCUGGAAACCGGCCUUCUCUUAGCCUUCUGCUUCCAUCACUGAAUGCUUACAAUAUUGGACAGUUAUUGGCAAUCUAUGAACAUAGAAUUGCAGUGGAAGGUUUCGUAUGGGGCAUUAAUUCUUUUGACCAGUGGGGAGUAGAAUUGGGGAAGUCGUUGGCAACUCAAGUCAGAAAGCAACUCCAUGCAUCUCGAACCGAAGGAAAAACUGUUGAGGGCUUUAAUUUCAGUACUAAGACGCUGAUGACAAAGUACCUGGAGUUAAGUUCAGAUAUCCCUUCUGAGCUACCCACACUUUUGCCCCGGAUAUAAUUGCCUUUGCCUCUGCUGGCAAUGUUUUUCUCGAGUAUCUUUGGCGGAACGAAUAAUUUCAACGUCUUCCCAACCCAGCACAAGUGAUCUGUGCCUUGUGCUUACAUUUCUGCUAAUGUUAACUUUACAAUUUUGGGCUAUUAUUGUAGUUGAAUUGAUAAUGCUCUGGGUCAGAAAUGCUGCCCAAACAAGUGAAACAACUACACUAUAUGUCAUAAUUGAAGACUUUUAAUGUGUUUGCUUUACACGCCAAAGUGGUUACACGCCAAA